GGGUCGCUCCCUUCGCUCGGGUCGCCCCGGGCCGGCGCGCGCGGCCAUGGAGAUCAUAUUCUGCGGUCUGCGUUUGCUGUUCGGGAUCUUCUUCAUGCUCACGGGGGUGAUCAAGAUCUCGGGGCGUCACAUCCCGGCCCACGUGUACGCGCAGAUGAAAGUCCAGAUGUUGAAGUUUGCUCAGGUGUUACCAUUGAAGGCCUUGGUGGACCACAAUCCAGAUCCUGGGAACCUUCUCGUUAUACUGGGCUGGGUGGAACUUGUGGCUGCUUUCCUAUUGGUCAUGGGACCCCCCUUACUACAGGAACUUGGCUGCAUUUUGCUCACACUGCUUAUGAUGGGUUCACUCUACAGCUUGGUGUUGCUGAAGGAGUCUGUGGUUACAUGUGCACCUUCAACCCUUUGCCUCGGAAUCCUGAUUCUGCUCGUUACCCAUAUCUGCCAUGUGUCCUGAGCCAAGGCCAAGGCUCAGAAAAGGGUUGGAGAGGAAGUGGGGGAGUGGGGAGAGAGAGGUACAGGGUCAUCAUUGGGAGCUGGAUGAUCAUGGAGAGGUGGGGAUGGAAGCACCUCUGGCCUGGCAGUCUGACCUCCAUCUCAUGUAGAUUUGAUGGCAAGGACAUGUUUGGAACAUGCAACAACAUAAGAGUCCAACCUUGGGCCCUAACCUAGCUGAUUCUGAGUUUGCUUUAUUCUUUCACCAUCUCCAAUGCAUUCUCCCAUCUGUCUGCCUUCUCUAGCUCAUGAUUCUUGGGUUGCUUUCUACUCCUUCCUCCAUCCAUCUCUGUUUUUAAGGGCAAGUGUUUGCAUAUACAUAUUAGUUUCCCUCAUUCUGAGUCUACUCAAUAUGAGGAAAUUCAGCAUUGGCAUAGCAGGGCACUGACUCACUUUAAAGAAUUGAAAGCCUGCCACUUAAGGAAUUCUCGUUUCCUUCCCAUAUGUCAAGAAGGGGAAUUUAAUGGCAAAAUGUCAUAUUAUGGCAAAACCCUACUAAAAACUCUCAAGUUUACAAUCAGAAGGGAGAAAAUCAGGGAGCCUCAAGAUGGAGAAUGAAAGCCAUCAUUGGGCUCAGAAGAGAGGAAAUGGGCAUCCAAAAAGAGGAAGGCGGGCAGGGUGCAAGCAAGACAGAAGCAGGGAGAUUCUCAAGCUGGAAAGCUGAGUAAUAAAGUGGCACCAGCCUUAGCACACAUAAAGGGGUCUUUCCUCUGCCAAUGCAGAUCUGAACUCCUGUAGGCCUUAGUAGGCGGGCUUAACCUUCACUGAAUUUUAGAGUCAAAAGGCACUUCAGUGACUAUCCCACCCAACCUAUUCUUGAAAAGGAAUCUGCAGCAUCCUUGACAGGUGGUCACUGAGCCUCCCUUUGAAGGAAAAGACAUGCUCAAGUAAAGGGAAACCUACUACCUGCUGACUGACAUAGCCUCUUCCACUUUGGGACAGGCCUCAUCACUGGGAAGUUUUUCAGGGUAAAUUUGCCCCUCUACAGCUUUUACCUGUUCCUUCUUCCAUGUGAUAGCUUUUCAUAUUCUUGAAGACAGUUGACAUGUCCUCCCUGAAACUUCUCCUCUCCAGGCCAAGUAUCUCCAGUUUCUUCAGCCCAUUCUCAAAUGGUCUGAAUUGGAAGGCCCCUCAGCAUCUUGGUCACCCUCUUUUGGAUGCUCUCCAGAUUUUACUAAAUGUAAUUAGAUUUUACUAAAAUGGAACACUUUCCCCACUCCCCUCCAGAACUGAACACAGUACUCCAAAUGUAUUCAACCUUUGGUAUGAGCAAACCCUACAGUGAUGAAAGACUUAGAAGUUGACUAGACCUUCCAGAUCUCAGGUUCAGUUCUGCCUAGGAUGUGGGAUGUCAGUGACUAUACACAAUAACUAUAACCUUUGAUAAGUGCCUUAAGGAGGUGUAAAAUUCAUUGAUGAAAUGGUUUUUCAGCCAAAGCAGUAGACAUCAGCACCAAUUUCUGUCUUGCCUUUACUCAAUUGUUUUUGAGGGGGAAGGAUGGAACCUUCCUUAAGGACAGGUCAAUUAUUAUUAUUUUUUAACCCUUUGCUCUCUACACACUGGUUUGGGUAUGGCAGUACUGGGCAGGUUCCU